CUCUGGAUUUGAACUUGAUCUUUCUCAUUGUAUCUGAGCCUGAAUCUGUGUCUUCAUCACUCUCUCCUGUCCUCGUAUACCUGCAUGACUCGCUCAGCUCCUCUCCACCUCACCUGUCUGACUGGCUUUACCCACUUAGUCAUACAGGCUCAUGCUAAAGAAGAAGCAAAAAAACACCACACGGCUGUAAUUAUUCCUGUCUUGUAGCUUUUAAAUGGAAAUUUUCUAACAAACCACUUAAUUUUUUUCCUCUGUCUCUCUGUGAACACAGGCUUGUUUCUGUCAGGGCGGGAAAUGAAGCGACACCGCUGUCUUCUAAACAGUGAAAUUUAACAACAGUGAAAACUUGAGUGGAUUUUAUUCAAGUUUACAAAUCGGCUGAAGUGACACAAGAAAGAUGAUUCAGGAAGUGUUUUCAAAUCUCUUGAGGUUCUACGACUACCUCCUCGAACGGACAGAUGCGCGAGUACGGGAUUACCCGCUGAUGCAGAGCCCGAUCGCGAUGACCCUCAUCUUACUGAGCUACGUGUUUCUCGUACUGUACGUCGGGCCGCGCUACAUGGCCAGCCGCAAACCUUACGACCUCAAAACCCCCAUGGUCGUUUACAACUUCUCCAUGGUGUUCUUCAACGCCUACAUUGUUUACGAGUUCAUGAUGUCUGGCUGGGCGACGACGUUCACGUGGAGAUGUGACCUCAUCGACGUCUCGACCGCCCCGCAGACUCUCAGGAUGAUUCGAGUGGCCUGGUUGUUCUACUUCUCAAAAUAUGUUGAACUUCUAGACACUGCUUUCUUUGUGCUGAGGAAGAAACACAGUCAGGUGACGUUCCUGCACAUCUUUCACCACUCGGUCCUGCCCUGGAGCUGGUGGUGGGGCAUCACUCUCACUCCAGCCGGGGGAAUGGGUAGCUUCCACGCCAUGAUCAACGCCAUGGUCCACGUCAUCAUGUACAGCUACUACGGCCUCUCCGCAGCCGGCCCGCGCUUUCAGAAGUACCUGUGGUGGAAGAAAUACAUGACCGCCAUCCAGCUGACGCAGUUUAUCGUGGUGUCUGUCCACAUCUCUCAGUAUUACUUCAUGGAAAACUGUGAAUACCAGGUGCCCAUAUUCAUCCACCUCAUCCUGAUGUACGGCGUGUUGUUCUUCAUCCUCUUCUCCAACUUCUGGAUCCAGGCUUACAUCAAGGGCAAGCGGCUCCCGGUCGGCAGCGACGACAAACCCAAGCAGAAUGGCUGCGCUAAUGGUACCGAGGCGGCCAUAUUGACUAACGGCACGCACCUGGAGAACGGCAGCACGCACUACACUAACGGGUUUGCCGUGAACGGGAAAGUGAAGGAGGUAUAAAGGAGAAGGAGGAAAAAGAAACACUACGGAAGCUGGCACUAGGAGGGCUAGCACGAAGGACGUGGCGAGAAUGAUCAUAGUUCCUGGGUUUGUGGAUGUUUGCGUGAGAUCACGGGCCACGUUUCUGUUCACCUGCCUUAUGGGUUUUUUUUUUUUUUUUUUGUAUUUAUUUGUCCACGGUGCAUGAAGAGAAAGAUGUCCAGCUUCACAGAUGUCACGUUGACUUUUGUGUUUUUAGCACGUAUGAUUCUCCCGGUUUCUCGAGACCAUGCAUCUGAAAUGAGUACGACUGUAAAUAAAUAUUUGUGCAAAGUUAGGUAGUAUGGAUGGAAUGGCUUUUUUUUUUUUUAUUUUAAAUGUGUAUAACUUAAAAAAAAUAAACCACUUUUAUAUUAA